UCCUUAGUACAUUAUUACAUUAUAUAUUUGUUUAUAAUGUAAAAAAAAUUAUUAAAACGAUUUUGUUUUUUUAAUGUCAAUCAUAGUAAUUAUGAAUGAAAAUUUUUAAAAAGUGAUUAUUGAUUAGUUGAUUAAUGAAUAAAUUUGAAUUAUAACUCGCAAAGAAAACAAAAUUUAAUUACCAAUAAGACUACAAUUUUACAGAUUUCCAGUAUAUUUAUGCGUAAAAUUUGGCAUUAAAAAAUUAUCAUCAUUUGUAAAAAUACAUGUUCAAUAUGUGGCUGUCUAAGCUUAUUUUGUGGUAUUCUGCAUUUCUAGAAAAAACUGAACAUAAUAAUAGCAAUACAAAAAAUUUGUCUGAAAUCUAUAAAAAUCUAAAAACUUUAGAUACAGGGUAUAAUAGUAAUAAGAUAACAAUUAGCUGUUCAUUUCCAAAAUGUUUUCGUGAUAUAACUAGAGAUGAAUUGAUAGAUAAAAUAAAAAAAAAUUAUGGUAUGCUUAAUUGUAGUUUUAUAUUUUACGCGUUUCACUUAGCUAAAUUGAUGAAACAUUGUGAAAAAAAUGACGUGUCUAUUACAGAGAAUAAUUUAUAUCUAUUUCACUCUGAAGCUCUUGCUCUAUUAGUAAACGCAAGUUUUGUAUCAUACAUGGAAGAUCAGAUGAACCAAAUUUGGUUAAUUUUUGGAUAUGCCAAAUAUUUAUCAGUUAUGGCUUUAGAAUCUAAAUAUAAAUUUCAAGUUAAAAAAGCGCAUGAAUUUGUUGAAUAUAUCUUCAACAUAUUGGCACUAUAUUCUUGUCCUAAAGGAAAUAAAUAUAGUGAAAAUAAUAAUCCUUCAGCGUUUAAAGUCAAUUUUAAUAAUAAUAUGAAUCGAAGUGAACUUACUACCGCAGCUGUUAUGGACAAACUAUUCAUAAUGAAAAAAAUAAAAUCGUUUUCAAAUUUCGUUAGUAUGUAUAAUCAUGAUUCCUACAAUUCUGAUGUACUAGAUUACAAUUCUAUUAAAAUGAUUGAGUCAAAACCGGUAAUGGAAGCGAUAUUGGAUACUUUUGCAGAGAUUCCAGAUUGGGAAACUCAAUGGGAAGUUUUGAAAGUAAAGAGUGAAUCUAUUAAGAGAAUGGAUGAUGGUCUAAGUAAUUGGUUAAUUGGUAUUGGUCAUUUUUAUACUAAGUUUAAAUCUAUAUUUAAUGUUAUAUUGUACCGAAUAUUAUAUUCAUACAUGUUAAAUAUUGUUAAGCUAGUAAUUUUUAUUAAAGAUUCUAACUAUACAUUUGAUAUUUAUAACGAUAAAAUGCGAUACAUAUUGCUUAAGACUAUUAAAUAUUUUCAUUUCCAUGAAGACAAAUUUUUAAAAGAUAUUUUACUUUUUCUUGAAGAAGAAAUAAACAAUCAUUGGAUAGCUACGGUCGGAGAUUUUUUAAAAACUUUAAAAAAGAGAAUUAUAGAUAUUACUAAUGAAUACUACAACUGCAACUAUUCAUUUCGUAUGUGUUCAAUAGAUUACAUACGUAAAGCUACAGCUACAUUGAAGAAUUUAAUAAAAGAGCAAUCCAUUCAGUACCCAUAUCAAAUGAGUGAAAAUAGUUCUUCAUUCGAAUUGUCAUUUUUAACAAUUCGAUUACUUCUAGAAUAUACUAAAGCUAAGUUUCCUGAUAUUAAUUUUCAAAUUAUUAGUUCAUUUACAGAUUUUUCGUUAAAAUAUUUAAAGGAAUUUAGUUAAUAUAUUACUACACAAAAAAUGUUGAAAGUUAUUAACAAUUUAUAGUACUGGAAAUAGAGAGACGUGGACCUUUAGCCAUUACAUUAUAUUGUUAGUAUAUUCCUAAAUGAUGGUCAAAUAGUUAUUAUCAACCAGUCAUUUUUUAAUUAUAUCUUUUUCUUUCUUACAAGCUAGUUAAAUUUGUAUAUUAUCAUUUGAAUAAAUAGUAAUAAACACUAACCUUUAAUGUAUAAGGAUAAUUAGGAAAAGUAUUUCAUGGUUGAUAAAUCGAGGAAACAUGUUUUUAAAAGAAAUAAAAGGUAAAAUUGAUAAUAUUUUAUUUAAUUAACGAUUAAUUAAUUGGAUUGAAGAAUCACUGUGUAUACAUUCAUAAAUAUAUCAUACUCUUUUUAGUUUCGAUGCAAAGCUGAGAAGGUAUUAAUUUUACUAUGAUGUUUUUUUUUUUAGGUCUGUUGUCACUUGUUCUCAGUCCUCACCGGACUGAUUUUUUUCGACAAUACGUUAAAAGAUCACAAAUGGUAUCUAAUUAAAGACAUUGCCCUUAAAAGUUGAAAAAUUUAAUUAAAUAAAUACUAUUUAAUAAAAUACUAAUUUCUAAAAACUAAAUACUAUCUACAGAUUUGCAUCGAAGUAUUUCAUAUGAUAGUGAUUUUAAUCACUGACAGAUAUCAUUUAUAAUUGCCCCAACUAUGUCACGUCCACACUAUGUUGUGACACUACUGUACUACCGGUUUUUUGAAACAUAACUUUGUGUCAAUUAAAAAAAUUAUAUCUAUAAGUUAGCUAUAGUAAAUUAAUGUUGAAAAUAUUAGGACUAAUUUAUAAACGCAUUUAUAAAAAAUAAUUAAUUAAAAAAUGAUUAUGCUAUAUUCAUUGAAGAAUACAUUUUGAAAAGUAAACUAUAAUUUUUACAUAGAGUGUUCAGUAAGUAGUGAAACGGGUUUCUAUUGUUCUCAUUGUUUGUAACAAUAGAUCUGUUUCCUUACUUACUGAACACUCUAUACAAUUAUGUAAUAUAUUUAGCUAUGAUUACAUUUUUAAUACUUUUAAUUAUUUUUCUUUUAAAUAUAAUUUAUAAUGUAUUAAUAAUAAUCAUUUAUUAAAGUUAAUAUUGUGAA